AACGAAUUUUUAAGAACUACAGGUAAAAGCUAACACAACAUUCACUUUGACUUUCACUUUGAAUCUGAUCAAUAUUUGUUCUUAAAAUCUACAUAGAAAUGGCAUCAAAAGGACGAAUAUAUCCUCGAGGUCCAUCUCGAAAAUCAUCAUCAUCAAUAUCAACAAUCAUAUUUGCAGUACUAAUCAUCUGUUCAUUUUUCGCAUUCGGUUUCGUAAUUCUUUCGAUUCCAAGAAGCUCAUCAAAUGUUCAUGAAGUCAACUCCAUUGUGCAACAUAAUUCUAUUGUUGACAGAAAUGAUAAUGUGGGAGAUAGAAUUGAUCAAUGGGUUGAAGUAAUCUCGUGGGAGCCUCGAGCGGUUGUUUAUCACAAUUUCUUGUCUCAGGAUGAAUGUGAGCAUCUAAUUAAUCUUGCUAAACCGCAUAUGGAGAAGUCGACUGUUGUCGAUAAUGAGACUGGAAAGAGCAAAGAUAGUAGGGUGCGUACAAGUUCUGGAACAUUUCUGGCCCGAGGGUAUGAUGAAACAAUCAAAGCCAUUGAAAAAAGAAUUGCAGAUUUCACUUUCUUACCUGUAGAAAAUGGGGAAGGACUGCAAAUUUUACAUUAUGAAGUUGGGCAGAAGUAUGAACCUCAUUAUGACUACUUCCUUGAUCAAUUUAAUGCCAAGAAUGGGGGUCAAAGAAUGGCUACAGUUCUAAUGUACCUCUCAGAUGUUGAGGAAGGUGGUGAGACGGUUUUUCCUGCUGCAAAAGGAAAUAUUAGCGCUGUGCCUUGGUGGAACGAGUUAUCUGAAUGUGGCAAAGAUGGGCUAUCAGUGAAGCCCAAAAUGGGAGAUGCACUGCUUUUCUGGAGCAUGAAACCUGAUGCAUCCUUGGACUCCUCAAGUUUACAUGGUGGGUGCCCUGUUAUUAAGGGAAACAAAUGGUCCUCUACAAAAUGGAUUCACGUCGAUGAGUACAAGGUCUAAUUUGGCUUCAGAAGGUUAUGGAUAUUAUAUCAGAAUUGACCUGUUGGAACAUGACGUCGGAUGUGUACCAAGCCCAGAUAAUUUGAUGUUACUUUCAUACGUAUUAAAUAUAUAUUCAUUCCAUAAUUUUGAUUCUUUUAACUUAACUACUAUAAAACGAAAGUCCGUAGUAACCAUUAUACUUACAGUCAUUUAUAAAGUUUAUAGCAUGGUUGAAAAACAUAACUAUCUAAGGAUUAUAUCAAUAUUCUUAACAUUCAGUGAAAGUCAAAGACUUUGUCGCAAA